ACACCCCUCUUGUUCUUAUUCAACUACCAUGCCUGCAAAAGAUAAUGUUUUCUAUCAAUCAAUUCAACUUAUAUAUAAAUAAGGAUAGAAUCUUCAUUUUCUUCAACACACACACAAAAAUAAAUAGUAAAGAGACAAAACAGAAUAAUAAUGAAGCAUAAGUUGUUGUUUCUAAUUCUAGUUUUCUUAAUUCUUUAUGUGGAGGCAGAUGAUGAUGGGUUUGUGAAAACAAGAGGAGUACAGCUUAUGGUGAACGAGACCCCUUAUUAUGCCAAUGGUUUUAAUGCAUAUUGGUUAAUGUACAUUGCUUCUGAUCCAUCUCAGAGAAACAAAGUAUCAUCAACUUUUCAAGAAGCUGCAAAUCAUGGACUUAACAUAGCUAGAACUUGGGCUUUCAGCGAUGGUGGUUAUAAACCAUUACAAUGCUCUCCUGGAUCCUACAAUGAGGAAAUGUUCCAGGGAUUGGACUUUGUGAUGGGUGAAGCUAGAAAAUAUGGGGUGAAGGUGAUUUUGAGUUUGGUGAACAAUUAUGAGAGUUUUGGUGGGAAGAAACAAUAUGUAGAAUGGGCAAAGAGUGAGGGACAGUCCUUAGAUUCUGAAGAUGAUUUCUUCACUAAUGCUGUGGUGAAAGGUUACUAUAAAAACCACAUUAAGACAGUGCUUACAAGACAUAACAACUUCAGUGGAGUUGCUUACAAAGAUGACCCUACUAUAAUGGCUUGGGAGCUUAUGAAUGAGAUUAUAUGUUCUUCAGACCAUUCAGGAAACUCAGUUCAGGUUUGGAUUACUGAGAUGGCAUCUUACUUGAAAUCCAUUGAUGGAAACCAUUUGCUUGAAGCUGGUUUAGAAGGUUUCUAUGGACUGUCAAAGACAGAGUCUAAUCCUAACUUCCAAGUAGGAACCGAUUUUAUUGCAAACAACCAAAUCUCCAACAUCGAUUUUGCGACACUACAUUCAUACCCGGAUCAAUGGUUAUCAAGUUCAGGCUAUGAAGACCAACUCUCUUUCUUAAGUGACUGGCUCAAUGAGCAUAUCCAAGAUGCACAGAACAUCCUUCACAAGCCACUUCUAUUUGCAGAAUUUGGAAUUUCCACUAAAAACUUGGGCAAUGAUAGCUCAACACUGAGGGAUAAGUUUUUCAAUACAGUAUAUUCAGCUGUAUAUUCAUCAGCAAGUGGCGGCGGAACAGCUGUUGGUGGCUUGUUUUGGCAACUUCUUGCUCAAGGGAUGGAUUCUUUCCGAGAUGAUUACGAAGUGAUUUUAGCCGAGAGUCCCUCGACAUCAACCUUGAUUUCUCAAGAGUCUCGAAAACUAAAACGAAUUCGCAAGAUGUAUGCCAGACUUCACAAGCAUUGACAAGUUGAAUUAGACAUGGCUAUAUCAGUGAUAUUUAUACUCAAAAGCUGAUGAAAAACUUUUAUUUGGAAAACUUUAAAGAUACACAUGGAACCGCACGGGUUACGUUGUUUAUUUCGCAUGUUUUUUGAACGUUUACUUUCUUAAAUUGAGUACUCUAGGUAUUUCAACUACGUAAGUGCCGACAAACUAACUAUUGUACUCAAGUUUAUAUCUAAACUCUAGAGAUCGACCGGAUAAUUUGAAGUGUUUCAUAUAA